AUGUCUUUUGCGAGGACAAACGAGUACAACUUGAAGGCUCCCAUAUCGUGGAAACUUCGUCAUAAGUCUAGCUUGGACUUUAUGAAUGUGGCAAACGAAUUGAAGGAAGAACUGAACAGAAGAAUGAGAGGAGCGCGCGUAGCAUUCGCAUCCGUUAGGGAAGCUACGGACCAACUAACGGACCAAGAUCUCAGUGGUCACCUGUUCGGCUCCACAAUUCUUACAGCGCUCUGUUACGCAGCGGAGACAUGGGCAGACACCGCUGCCACGUCUAGAAAGCUGCUAACUACCCAUAGAGCUUUUGAGAGAUGUGUUCUAAAGUUUAACAGGCGUACACAACACCUAGCCGGUCUUCGCAGCUCCGACUUAUGA